AUGAGGAGGAUAGCUAGGUUAGGGAAGCCCUGCGGCUGGAAGGCUCCCGCACGACAGCAGUCCAUCGCACCAUGCGCCGCCACGCCCCUUUCUGCGACGGCCCGAACAGCAGCAGGGCCAGCAGGGCCAGCACGCCCAGCUUGCCCCGGCAGUCUACGGUUCUAUUCGCAGAACUCCUCCCUGCCCCGAUCCCUCGUGGACGCUCAGGCGCCCCAGCCCCCCAGCGACGAGAUCCUCCACGAGCUUGAACGAGCCGAAUCAGAGCUUGCCGCUCAGCAGCCCAGCGCUUUCCGCCCACCUCCCACGAGGACGGAAGCAGCAGCUCCCAACCAGGUUUCCGAUCCCGCAUAUACGCCUGCUCUCUCCUCCGACGGGCUCUCGACUAUCGGUGGCCUCGAGGAUUGGUGGGACAAGAGGGAGAACUGGAACAAGGCCGGCGACUUUGCUGGCUUCAAGGCCAAGAAGAAGAUCCAGGAUCCUCGGGUGCUGGAGGCUGUCGUGCGCAGGGCGGUGGUGGAGGCCACAGUUUUGAUCCAGGCCGGGAGAACCGCUGAGCUUGCCUCUCCAUGGCCGGUUGGCACCGAGGAAGAGCUAUCGAGAGUGUUGGCAGUGAAAAUCUCCAGUAAUGCUCAUGGUGCCGUGGCCCUCACAGGCGAGCACGGUGCAGUGGCCGAGGAUUUGAACUGGGACGUCCAGGAAUCCCGUGAGGCCGAGAGAGUUCCCGGGGGUGCUCCGGAGCCGCGUGUUUUUGUGCCUUCUCCUCAGGAAGCCGGUGCUUACCUCGAGUCGUGGGAUCGUGCCUGGAAGCGCAUCUCUCUUGCUGACGCCACUUUCAAGUUCGCCGUUACCAAGCGUGUAUUCCAACUCACUGGCCAGCUCGUUCCUGACCACAAGCUCAACGACAUCAAGUCCGUCUCUGCCUUGAUCGCUACCCUCAUAGCGCCGCCAAAGGCCAAGACCUUGAGCGAGGAAAUUCAAAAGACCCGCCGGGAACUCAUCAGCCUGCCCAACGUCGCCUUCUCAUCAAAGCAAGUGACCAGAGGCGACAAGGCAAAGGCAAUUGGUCAAUACAAGAUCAUUGAGGAGGAGUUCAAGAAGAGAGACCUGCAGGAUGGCCACCUGGCUGUACCGGCAACCAAGGAGAAGCACUGGUUCAAAGGCGCGGCCUAA